AGGAAGGCAGGGACCCGGGGUAAGGCCGCGGCCACCAAGCAGGCCCAGCGAGGCUCUUCCAACGUCUUUUCCAUGUUCGAGCAAGCCCAGAUCCAGGAGUUCAAGGAAGCCUUCAGCUGCAUCGACCAGAACCGUGAUGGCAUCAUCUGCAAGUCGGACCUUAGAGAGACCUACUCCCAGCUCGGGAAGGUGAAUGUUCCAGAAGAGGAGCUGGACGCCAUGCUUCAGGAAGGGAAGGGGCCCAUCAACUUCACCGUCUUCCUCACACUGUUUGGGGAGAAGCUCAAUGGGACAGACCCUGAAGAAGCCAUCCUGAGCGCCUUCCGCCUCUUUGACCCCAGUGGCAAAGGCGUGGUGAACAAGGAUGAGUUCAAGCAGCUUCUCCUGACCCAGGCAGACAAGUUCUCUCCAGCCGAGGUGGAGCAGAUGUUCGCCCUGACGCCCAUGGACCUGGCGGGGAACAUCGACUACAAGUCCCUGUGCUACAUCAUCACCCACGGGGACGAAAAGGAGGAGUGA